AUGUCUCGACGUGUUCGUACAACAACAGCAACAACAUCCGGUAUAUCUUCAUCGAAAUCAAAGAAAACUUCUAUUCCCAUUCGAAAACUUUCUCAUAAUAUUGUACAAAAGAAAAUAUCAUUAAAAAAAUCUUCACCAACAAAACGUUAUCUUGAACAAACAUCAUCAACAAUAAUACAGCCAAAACAAAAACGUCUUUCAAGUUUAACAGCAACAACACUUCUUCAAUAUUGUGCAAGUAUUCUAUCACCAUCAAGAAAAUUAAAUCAUUCAAUAAAAUCAACUUCUACUCUAUCGAAUAAUUCAAAAACAAUUAAAACAAAACAAUCAUCCAUAGAUAAUCAACAUCUUCCACGAAAACGUCAAAUUUCAAAUGUUUCCUCGAAAUCUGAUAUUAAACAUACACAAACAGAUAUUCAUAUGCCUACUCGUAUACGUCGUGAAGCAAGUUCACGUGCAUCGGCUAUGAUUAUGCAACAAAAUGAAAUUGAACGUAGUCGUUAUAAUUAUUCUCUCAAUAAUGAACAUUCGACAUCAAGUAUUCGUCGACAUCGUACAAAUAAAGUUGAUAUACCAUCUCAACCACCUUCUACUGAAUCAAAUCAAUGUAAUAUUCCAUCAUAUCCUGCUCCUCCACCAUCUAUAAUUCAUAUACCAAUUCAAACAGAAUAUUAUCAAUCAUCAAAUAGUGUAACAAAUAUAUCAUCAACUAAUUCAAAAUCUUCAUUAUUAACUGAAGCUAGUUUAGCUGAACAUAAUCGUUUAUAUGAAACAAUACCUUCAUAUCAUACAAUAAAACGUGAUAAUCUUAUUAAAUGGACACAAGAAAUAGAUUUACAUGAUCAUUUAUCACCACCAUAUCCUGAACAUGAAAUUUCAAUUGAAUCAUCAAAUCCAAUAUAUAAUCAAUCUACAGAAGUAUCAUUAAUUACUGAUUCAAAAACAAUGGAUUCUAUGAUAUCGAAUAGAUCAACACAUUCAUUUGAACAUUUAUCAACAAGAAAUAAUAUUAAUCAUCCUACUUUUCUUUUUCCAUCAGCUGCAUAUUCUCUCGAUUUACAUUCAUUUUAUCCUAUUUUACCUUGUUGGCAAUAUUCAACUUGGCCAUUUCAAUCAUCAAUAUCUUUACACAAUCAAAUUCAACCGUCAUCAUCAUUAUCAAUUAAUCACAAAACAUCUGUAAUAAAAUCCGAAAAUAAAAUAAAAAAAUUAUCAAUACUGAAUUCAAAACAAAAACAAGAAGAAUUAUCAUUAUCAAAAACCGAUAGAUUAACAUUUCAUUUACAUACACAUCAUCAUCAUCAUAUACAUAAUAAUACAAAUUCAUCAUCAUCAUCACAAAAAGCUAAACAAUAUCAAAAAAUUGAUACUAUUGUAAAAUUAAAUGAUAAUAAUAAUCUUAUUGAAAAUGAAUGUAAAAAUCGAUCAUCAACAAUUGAAAAUAGUGUAUUGAAUCUCUCAAUAAAUAAUAAAACAAAUUUAGAUCAAUUAAAUGAAACAAUAAAAAAAACGACGCGAAGAAAGUCUUCUCCAAUCAAACGAACGAUUAAUAGUGGAACAAAAUCGAAUAGUGCAUCUACUCCAUCAAUAGGUGACAAAGUUUCACAAACAGAUAAUUCCACAAUAACACCUUCAAGAAAAACAAUCAAUAAUAAUCAAUCAAGAAUUAUUUUGUCAGCAUCAAAUAAUCUCAAUGUAAACGAUAAUUCAUCUGUAGAUAAUCAAAAAUCUUCUGAAUGUAUUCCUAAACGCCGAAGUACUUCAUCAACUACGGCAAAUUCUAUUACAAAUAUUUCAAUAGCGAAUAAAAAUUCAGAUGAAAAACGUACACAUUCAGUAUCAAAUAUUUCCUUACGAUCAAAAUCAUCAAUAAAUAAAAAACGAUCAUAUUCACCAACAUUAACAUUAUCAAGUAGAAAUUCUAAUCAAAGAAAAAAACAAAAAAUUUUAAAUUAUUGGAUUUUAUUUGGAAAAUCAGAACAAAAAUUUGUUUCAAUUUAUCCUGAUAAACCACCAGUUGUUCGCGAAUGUUAUUCAUCAAUUCAACAUAUAACAGAAAAAGAUAUAAUUAAUUCUAAUGAUUGUAUUAUAUUACGUCCUGAAAGUGAUACAGAUAAUGAUGCUACACCAUAUGUAGCUAAAGUUAAAUGGUUUUGGAAAGAACCAACAUCAGAUGAAAUUCAAAUGUCACUUAUAUGGUAUUAUCAUCCUGAACAUACAGAAUUACCAGCACAUGUUAAAGAACAUUUUCUACCAAAUGAACUUUUAGCUUCAAGAUAUUCUGAUUGUGUUAAUGUAGCUUGUAUUGAAGAUAAAUGUUAUGUACUUAAUUUAAAUGAAUAUAGUCGUUAUUGCCUUCGUGAAAAAUCAACGAAUCUCUUCGAACAUUCCGAACCAAUCGGACAAUUAAAGUCACUAUUAAAUAGAAAUACUUCGACUGUUUAUCAUCAAUCAUUACCGGCUACAACUGUCGGUAAUCAAAAUAUAUUUUUUUGUCGUUAUGUAUAUGAUUAUCGUGUUAAACGGAUUUUAAAAAAUCCAAGUUUAAAUAAUUCAAAUGCUUAUCCAAUGACAACAACAACAACAACAAUUUCUUUAACUACACCAUCAAGCAUGUAA